AUGGACCUUCGUGCGAUAUGUUCCGCAUACGCAGUUUGUAUGAGCAAGCAGCAAUUCGCACAACUGCCAGAAUUCGUCCACGACAAUGUCAUCUACAACUCAAAGCCACCGAUGACCGCCAAAGCAUAUGGCAGAAUGAUAAAUGAUAUAAUUCGUGACUUGGUCGACUUCCGUCUCGACGUUGAGAUGCUGGUGGUGGAGCCUAUCGGCGUGUUGACCGAUCUAAACGGCAUGGUGUCAGCAAGGUUCAGAUUAAGCCAUGAGUCUCAAAGCGAACAAGCGCUGGGACGCCGUACGGUCUUCUACGAACACGUGUUCUUCCAGUUCACGCAGGGUAAAAUCGCCGAGAUCUGGCCACUUAUCGCUUGGCCAGGAAGAUGA